AUGAGUAAUCCAUCACGGGAUCCCGCUUCUUUAAACAACCACCGCCAAUGCUUUGAUCACACACUAAACGGACCUAUUCUCUCGGACGCCCCUCUUUUCGGUUCUCCCUCUUCCACCUCUUCUCGCCUAAAUAACACUCCCAUCACCAACAACAAUAACAACGACCGCCGCAUCAACCGUGGGUCUGCUCGUCAUCAACGUUACGAACCUUACCAACGUCGUCAUACCAACUCCUCGCCAAUCAAAACUAAGCCAACUACCAAAAAGGUAUCCAAGCAACACAACCAGGCUCAACUUUUCCCCACUCUUGAUGACUUGGUAUCACUGCCACCUUCUCCACCACCCACAAACGACGACGACCAUGAUGAUGAUGAUGACAAACUUUUCUUUCAAAACCCUGUCGCUGAUGAUGAUGAUGUUUUUGCCGAGUUUGCCGGUUUUGCGGAUUUUUCAUUUGAUGAUGCUAGUUUCGAUGUUGAUAGCACACCACCAUCCUCUGAGGAGGAUUUUGCUUUGUUCCCGUAA